AUGAUGCUACACAAGUUGCAAGUGGCUGCUAGUGCACUCGCACUUCUCAAUGGGUUAGCAUUGGCUGCCGCACCUUAUCAGCAGCCUGAUUGCACGAAGGAACCUCUUCGUUCGAAUGGAAUAUGCGAUACGACAGCUUCGCCUGCUGAAAGAGCUGCAGCCUUGGUCUCAGCCUUGACUCCCCGUGAGAAAGUCAACAACCUUGUCAGCAACGCUACUGGUGCUCCUCGAAUUGGUCUGCCCAGGUACAACUGGUGGAACGAGGCCCUUCACGGAGUAGCAGGUGCACCGGGCAACGACUACAACGAUAAACCUCCUUAUGACUCCGCAACUUCAUUCCCCAUGCCUCUUCUCAUGGGUUCUACCUUUGAUGAUGAUCUCAUCCAUGACAUUGGCGAGGUCAUUGGCACAGAAGCACGCGCCUGGAAUAAUGGUGGCUGGGGAGGGGGUGUAGACUAUUGGACACCCAAUGUCAACCCUUUCAAAGAUCCUCGUUGGGGCCGUGGCUCCGAAACCCCAGGUGAAGAUGCUCUUCAUGUCAGUCGGUAUGCACGAGCCAUGGUUCGUGGCCUCGAAGGUGACAAGAAGCAACGUCGCAUCGUGGCUACCUGCAAGCAUUAUGCUGGCAAUGACUUUGAGAACUGGGGUGGUCAAACACGUCAUAACUUCAAUGCCAAGAUCACUCCCCAGGACUUGGCUGAAUACUAUGUACGUCCUUUCCAGGAGUGUACGCGGGAUGCCAAGGUCGGGUCCAUAAUGUGUUCCUACAAUGCUGUCAACGGGAUCCCUGCAUGCGCAAACUCGUACCUUCAAGAGACUCUACUGAGAAAGCACUGGAACUGGACUCACACCAACAACUGGAUUACGAGCGACUGUGGAGCUAUGCAGGAUAUCUGGCAGCAUCAUAACUACACAAAGACUGGUGCUGAAGCCGCUAAGGCUGCCUUUGAGAACGGCCAAGACUCUAGCUGCGAGUACACUACCACGAAGGAUAUAUCUGAUUCCUAUGAGCAAGGUCUGUUGACAGAAAAGGUGAUGGAUCGGGCUCUUAAACGUCUUUUCGAGGGUCUUGUUCACACUGGUUUCUUCGACGGCGAUAAAUCAGAAUGGUCUUCGCUUGAUUUCGAUGAUGUCAACACUAGACACGCUCAAGACCUUGCUCUACAGUCUGCCGUACGUGGCGCAGUUCUCCUGAAGAAUGACAAUACGCUACCCCUCAACAUAAAGAAGAAGGAGAGUGUAGCCUUGAUCGGGUUCUGGGCCGAUGACAAAACAAAGCUGCAAGGAGGCUAUUCGGGUCCCGCACCUCACGUCCGAACACCAGCCUAUGCCGCCAAGAUGUUGGGUCUAAAUACUAACGUGGCUUGGGGUCCAACUUUGCAGAAUAGUUCAGUUCCUGAUAACUGGACUACCAAUGCUCUAGAAGCUGCUAAGAAAUCUGAUUACAUUGUGUACUUGGGCGGCCUUGAUGCCACGGCUGCCGGCGAGGAGCGGGACCGCACAGACCUUGACUGGCCUAGCACCCAGUUGACACUACUCAAGAAACUGUCCAAUCUUGGCAAGCCGUUAGUUGUGGUUCAACUUGGUGACCAAGUUGACGAUACCCCCUUGUUGAAGAACAAGGGCGUGAACAGUAUUCUCUGGGUCAACUACCCUGGCCAAGAAGGCGGGACAGCUGUCAUGGAACUUAUCACAGGUCGCAAAGGCCCUGCUGGGCGACUUCCUCUGACACAAUACCCCAGCAAGUAUACAGAACAAGUCGGUAUGUUGGAGAUGGAGUUGAGGCCUACAAAGUCCAGUCCCGGGAGGACAUACCGUUGGUACUCUGACUCGGUGUUGCCUUUUGGAUUUGGAAAGCACUACACCACUUUCAAAGCCAUGUUCAAAUCUCAAAAGAUUGAGAUGAACAUACAGAAGAUCCUCAAAGGUUGCGACGCGACUUAUGUUGAUACCUGUCCGUUGCCUCCAAUCCACUUGAGUGUGAAGAACACGGGCCGUACCACUUCAGACUUUGUAUCUCUUGUUUUUAUCCAGGGCAAGGUUGGACCCAAACCUUACCCACUGAAAACGCUCGCUGCUUAUUCACGCUCACACGAUAUCAAGCCGCGCGCCACAAAGGAUGUUGAACUUCAGUGGACAAUGGACAAUAUUGCACGAAGAGAGAAGAAUGGUGAUUUGGUUGUGUACCCUGGAACAUACACUUUGUUGCUCGAUGAGCCGACACAGGUCAAGAUCAAGGUGAAAUUAACGGGUGACAAAGUUGUCUUGGAUAGGUGGCCAGAGUUUCACGGGUCUGACUAA